AUGGCGGAGAGUCCUCGCAAGUGUCAGCAUCAACUUGGAAACUUGUUCUGUGAUCUCGGGGACAUCCUCAACAAAAAGCAAUAUCGCGAUGGAACAAACAUUCAAACUGAAACGACUGUCGACACAUCAUAUGUGACUGCAACACCUGGAACUCCUCUCAGCUUCUACACUCAGUGGGUGUGGUAUCGACAAGAGCGUGAUGGUACCUACCCUCCUUUCUACCCGGGAAGCCUGCAGUACACUCUGGAGGAGAAGUACCUCAAGGGACAACACAAGUACUACUUUGAGUUUGAAGACCUUCGCCUGAUGGUGGACACUCACAGCCUGCCCAUGACACAAACCAACCUACAUACACAGGGAGGUACACCUAUCUGUCGGCGGCCAGUCUUUGAACCUACUAAGAAAUCGGAAGUACCAAAAAUGUCAUCGUUGCUGUUGGCCGAGGUUCCGUCAGUCGUGCAUCAAGUACCUAAACACUGGUCUGCCGUGGACCACUUCCAGGACUUUGAGCUCGUGGAGUUGGAGGCAGCUGACCCAGAGUACAUCACCGUUCAGCGACAGUUCUUCUCGACGAUGAGCAUGACGGAGCAAAAGUUUGUACACGUGCUUCGUGUGCAGAAUCCGGGUCUGUGGGAUAAAUACUGCAGUGCCAGAAGAGCCAUGACCCCGCGAGGUCAAAAACCCGAAGAGGUGGACGAGCGUCAGUUGUUUCACGGAACGCCGACACUUCAGACGGCCAGGGGCAUCUGCGCCAACAGCUUCGACUUCCGCAGGUCUGGAGAAAAUGUUGGAGCUAUUCACGGCAAGGGAGCUUACUUCUCCACCACAGCCAAGUACAGUCACAGCUACACAAGUGCAGACACCACAGUCAGAGGCGACCCCCUGCGGUUCAUGUUUCUGGGAAGGAUCCUGGUGGGGCAGUACACUUUGGGUGAUCCUUCUUACACUAAGCCACCAGAGCGUGACCGACUGAAGAUGUACGAUUCAUGCGUGAAUGAUUUGUCCAAUCCAUCCAUCUUCGUCAUCUUUGACCUGGCACAGAGCUACCCGGAGUAUUUAAUUCAGUACACUGAUGUUUCAGGCAAAAAACAACAGUCACAGGUUCGCACCUCGGUAUCUGUUCCAUCCUUAUCCCAUAGUCAACCUUACCUCCAUCCUUCGUCUCCAAAAAGUUUAUUGAAAAAGACCACAGUGCAGCCAUCUACAGUGAAUUAUUAUAAGACCACGGGGAGUAGGGGUGCAUCCACUUCUUUCCGGGACUCUACUUUAGAGAAAGCCUUUUGGACUUCUUACAGAUCUUCAGACCACCAGUCUUCUGCCUUUUCAGCAGUGCAGCCAGUGUCACACCAGUCGACUAUGUCGCCACCAGUGCAGCCACGGUCAAGAUCACCGCAGUUCACUUCCGCGCAGUCUGUACCGGGAAGAACACCUCAGACACAAAUGUCAUCACCUAAUGGUCCUUCAGGUUUUUCACAUCUAUCAUUCAGCGAGGAUUCAACGUCUCCGGAGUUAGAUACAUUCACAAUUGUCUCCCUGCCUACGAGGCAAGAUCAAAGCUCAUUACCUGUUAGAAAGCCCAAGGACAAGGACAGGUGUGUCAUUGCUUGAGGUGUAACAGAGUGAGGAGAAGGUUUUCUCUACACACGUAAUCCGUAUUUUCAAGCGAGAUACGGGUGAACAUGAAGACUAUAUUGUCAUGCUCACUACUCUCGAGGUUACGAGAAGACCAGCGAGGUAACAGUUGAAGGUCUAAAGCAGACGAUCAUGUCCAUGAUUUUGCUUCUGCAAAAGGGAGUUGAUAUGAAUGCUAUCUUUUUUUGUCUUCUUGACAUCAUUUAGUUAGCUAAUGAGCUAAUGUGUACUGAUAUGGAAGCUUUGUCUAUAAUUGUGAUUUAUUCCAAGUUAUUGUGCGA